AUGGGUCAGAACCAACUGCUUCUCCUCUGCCGGGUUUCCAUCCAGAUAAUAUCUGACAUGGGUCAGUACCAACUGCUUCUCCUCUGCCGGGUUUCCAUCCAGAUAAUAUCUGACAUGGGUCAGAACCAACUGCUUCUCCUCUGCCGGGUUUCCAUCCAGAUAAUAUCUGACAUGGGUCAGAACCAACUGCUUCUCCUCUGCCGGGUUUCCAUCCAGAUAAUAUCUGACAUGGGUCAGAACCAGAGUAGGAUCAUAUAAUCUGAUUCAUUAUGAUUUAAAAGGCUAAACUGAUCCUAGAUCUGCCUCGCAGAUAGCAGCUAACACUAGCUACCACCUACUGCUGAUACCACUGCAUUUAACAUUUGAGUCAUUUAGCAGACGCUCUUAUCCAGAGCGACUUACAGUUAGUGAAUGCAUACAUGUUUUUUGUAGUUUUAUUUUAUUUUAUUUUAUACUGGGCCCCCGUGGGAAAUAAACCCACAUCCCUGCCGGCCAAACCCUCCCCUACCUUGGACGCCGCUGGACCAAUUGUGCGCCGCCCCAUGGGUCUCCCGGUCGCGGCCGGCUGCGACAGAGCCUGGACUCGAACCAGGAUCUCUAGUGGCACAGCUAGCACUGCGAUGCAGUGCCUUAGACCACUGCGCCACUACACAAUGCUAGCAGUUCCCACUGAUUAACGCUAGUUAGGAAUUCCACUAACUCUAGUUAGCAACUUCCAUCAAACUGCACGCAGAGAUCCACAAUUAAUGUUCCCUAAAAAGGUUUUGGGCACUGAGCAAAUUUUCACGUUUACUGUUGUAAUAUGGCUUUUUUUGUGGUGGGGGUUGGGGGGGGGGGCUUGGCUUCUUGGUGAUUUUACCCGCCUACUGCUCUUGCAUAGUCUGUUUUGUUUCGGUAUGUUGCAUUGAAAGUGGUUAAUAUUGCGUUGAUCAGAUCACAAUUGCCACAGUAAAAGGGAAACGUUGAUCGUGUUAACUAACAGGUGGAAACUCUAGAAAGUUUGAGUGAAGUUCAAAUCUCGUGCUUCUUCUCUGUGAGCUGAUAUUUCCGCGAGGCAGUCUGAGUGCUACCGCGCACCAGCGAGCAGCUUGCAGGGAACACUGUCCACAACUUCAUCUGACUCUGGGGAAAUAGAUUAGGGCUUCAUUGCCAAAAUCCCAAACUACCCUUUUAAAACAUUACCGUCGUACAGUAGGGCACCUCCAGUAUACACCAGUUCUUAGUCAGCGUCUAGGUUAUUUUUUUACGGUGUAGUAAAAGGACUUCUCUUUAGUCUGAACCCUGCUCUUUAAUGUCUUAGUCCUGCUACUGUAGCUUGCGGUCUUAAGGUUCUUAGUGAGAGAGUCGCCACCACAACACGAAACAGGCAGCAGAGGUUUUGAAAUGAGCCAGUAAAUACAUGUAGACUUCCAAAGGCAGAGGCAGGGCAGCUAAGGGGCUAUUCUCAGAUAAAAACAUUGUUCACGGAUUCGACUAGCAAACAGCAUCACGUUUAGGUCCUGACUCCAGACCAGUAUUUGGGUGAAACAGUAGGUCGCUGACAACUUGAUUAUGAGCUGAACUGAGGCCUGUAUUUGGGCAGACAGGGACAGGGUCAGGGCAGACAAGAUAAUUUCAGCCUGUCUACCUGGUCUGGUACCUACUCAGAAAACAUGUCCACAUGGGCCCAAUGCGGGCUGAAAUAUUGGCAACAUGUAGGCUGCCCACAUUGGGCUCCAUGUUGGUCCCAAGGCAUUGGCCCAGUGUGGCCAGCCUAUAUCUGGUGAAGGCAGUUCUCACCUUGCCUGAUAGAAGCCCAUCUUGUCCCAGAAAACAUAAUCAUUUGGGGGGUGUUUUUACAAGUGUGUAAUGGAAAUGUUAUUUUAUUUUGCAUAUCUCAACUCUCCCCGAGACACCCGCAGGGAGUGCCCCUUGGAGCAAUUAUGAUUAAGUGCCUUGCUCAAGGGCACAUUUUUCACCUUGUCCGCUUCGGUAUUUGAACCAGCAACCUUUCGCUUACUAUCCCAACGCUCUAACCUCGAAGAGCUAUCUGCCGCCCCGGUAAACAUGCCCACAUUGGCACGAUGUGGGCUAAAAUAUUGGCCCCAUGUAGACUGUCUACAUUAGACUGAUGCGCCUUUGCUAUUAAAUAUGUAUGUAUUUAUUUAUCUUUUAUUUAUUUCAAUUUAAUUCAAUGCAUAAAUAAUUUCAAGCCUUAUAAAAAAGGUAUUUUGGGAAUGUGUUACAUUGUAUCAGAAAGACAACCAGGUUGUUACUAUCACGCAUAUAUUUUCACGAGAGAAAGUUGAUCAUAUGCCACAUGCACUUAUACGUCUUUUUAAAGACUUCAUCAAGAUGAAUAUGAGUAUAACACAAAAUAACCCUUCAACUGGAACAACACUCAGUAAUGGUUGCACAAAAAGAACUGUGUAAAAACUAGUGUUGCACGGUAUACCGAAACUUCGGUACUUUUUCCAAUUACUAAAAUAAAAACGGUUCGGUGAGGGAAUUUGGUACUUUCAGUACUUCUGUCAAAUUGCUCCACUUACCCACUCAUUGCUAGAGCGGUCUGGGCUGCAUUGUCGGCUCACGCUAACACACUUGAAUAAUGCAACACGUCAUGUAGAAAAUGUUGAAACUGUUCGCAAGAUACCAUUCCACUGAUUCUGCUCCAGCCAUUACCACCAUCCUCCUGGGAUGUCCAUACAGGCUAGAACACUUUUACAAUGGAAGAUGAUACCUGUAGCUUCCAGCUUUAAAAAAGGUGCACUAUGAAGAAAUCGCUCCGCCAUUUCCCGGUUGCUAAAAUUCUAAUAGUUAGCCUAAUUUCAGUUUAUGUGACAAAACAAGCAAAUGUAAUCAUAUUCAACUCAAAAGAUGCCCAACUUCCAGGGCAGUAGCUGAGUUUAUCUGUCCGGAUCUAGUGCCAUUCUGUGACUUUGGCUAAUACGCCAUGGAGUCCGCUACAAUAGGCUCUGAAUAGGCAGGAACACACCUGGGUUCAAAUACUAUUUGAAAUCUUUAGCAUCUGCUUCGGCCUGUCUGAGGUGCCAGAUGCACAGGGUUUGCACUUUCUCAACUAUUUUACUGCUUCCAUUGCACCAGGCAAGCUCAAAUCAAGCCCAGCUUAAGUAUUUUAAAUGAUUUAGAAUAGCAUUUGAACCCGGGUCUGUCUGGAUAGGAGUACAACACUAGUCCUGCCUGUGACGCACUGUCCACCAUACGCUUCAAAACCCCAGAGAAAUCUCUCACCCGCUGAUCAAAAAACCCAACUCGAUCAAAAUCAAAUUUACAGGAGGUAAAUGCUGCAUUUCCCCUACAGUAAGCCUUUUGUAACAGGGCAUUUAGAUGUAAACGGCUUGAAAGCCAGACUAACACAGAUUGUGUGCUCUGGGCACGUGGGCUACGAAGCCAUUUUUUAAAAACAUCCCACUCUACUAGCCUGCACACACACACACACUAGCCCACCCUCUCUCCGUCCCACAGCUCAGACCGUCCCACAGCUCAGACCGUCCCACAGCUCAGACCGUCCCACAGCUCAGACCGUCCCACAGCUCAGACCGUCCCACAGUUCAGACAGUGUUCAGACCGUCCCACAGCUCAGACCGUCCCACAGUUCAGACCGUCCCACAGCUCAGACAGUGUUCAGACCGUCCCACAGCUCCGACCGUCCCACAGCUCAGACCGUCCCACAGCUCAGACCGUCCCACAGCUCAGACCGUCCCACAGCUCAGACCGUCCCACAGCUCAGACCGUCCCACAGCUCAGACCGUCCCACAGCUCCGACCGUCCCACAGCUCAGACAGUGUUCAGACCGUCCCACAGCUCAGACCGUCCCACAGUUCAGACAGUGUUCAGACCGUCCCACAGCUCCGACCGUCCCACAGCUCCGACCGUCCCACAGCUCCGACCGUCCCACAGCUCAGACUGUCGCACAGCUCAAACUGUCCCACAGCUCAGACCGUCCCACAGCUCAGACCGUCCCACAGCUCAGACCGUCCCACAGCUCAGACUGUCCCACAGCUCAGACCGUCCCACAGCUCAGACUGUCCCACAGCUCAGACCGUCCCACAGCUCCGACCGUCCCACAGCUCAGACCUCUCUGGAGCACUUAGUGGGUCAUAGCCCCUGUGUGUGUCGCUGGCCCAAUAUCAACCAGAAAACCCACUAGAGCCGGGAUGGACAAACUGCUCUAUUUACUAUUUCUAUUUUUGACACCUUUUACUUCACUACAGUCCUAAAGAAAAUGAUGUAGUUUUUUAUUUUUUUUCCCCUAACACCCAAAAGUACUCGUUACAUUUUGAACGCUUAGCAGGACAGGAAAAUGGUCCAAUUCACACACUUAUGAAGAGAACAUCCCUGGUCAUCCCUACUGCCUCUGAUCUGGCGGACUCACUAAACACAUGCUUAGUUUUUAAAUGAUGUCAGUGUUGGACUGUGCCCCUGGCUAUCCGUCAAUAAAAAAAAAAUAUAAAAAAUGCUGCCAUCUGGUUUGCUUAAUAUAAGGAAUUUGAAAUGAUUUAUACUUUUACUUUUGUUACUUAAGUAUAUUUUAGCAAUUCCAUUUACUUUUGAUACUUCAGUAUAUUUAAAACCAAAUACUUUUAGACUUUUACUUAAGUAGGAUUUUACUGGGUGCCUUUAACUUGAGUCAUUUUCUAGGCAUCUUUACAUUUACUCAAGUAUGACAAAUUGGGUACUUUUUCCAGUACUGGAACAACCAACAGCUUUAGUAUCUAUGGGAAAUGGCACUAUUCUUUUUAUAGCGGACAACUUUUGACCAGGACCCAUAGACCCAGAGGACCCAUAGACCCAGAGGACCCAUAGACCCAGAGGACCCAUAGACCCAGAGGACCCAUAGACCCAUAGGACCCAUAGACCCAGAGGACCCAUAGACCCAGAGGACCCAUAGGACCCAUAGGACCCAUAGACCCAGAGGACCCAUAGACCCAGAGGACCCAUAGACCCAGAGGACCCAUAGACCCAAGACCCAUAGACCCAGAGGACCCAUAGACCCAGAGGACCCAGAGGACCCAUAGACCCAGAGGACCCAUAGACCCAGAGGACCCAUAGACCCAGAGGACCCAUAGACCCAGAGGACCCAUAGACCCAGAGGACCCAUAGACCCAGAGGACCCAUAGACCCAUAGACCCAUAGGACCCAUAGACCCAUAGACCCAGAGGACCCAUAGACCCAGAGGACCCAUAGACCCAGAGGACCCAUAGACCCAGAGGACCCAUAGACCCAGAGGACCCAUAGACCCAGAGGGAUCUAUAGGGCUGUGACGGUCAUGGAAUUUUAGAUGACUUAUUGACCAGCCAAAUGGCCGCGGUUCACCGUCAUAACCGUUAGAAUAUAAAAAAAUACUCACAUUGUCUCUUCUGCAUGUGCUGCCAUAGAAAUAGAAUGAAUGGCAUCCCGAGUGGCGCUGAGGUCUAAGGCACUGCAUUGAGGCGUCACUACAGACCCGGGUUCGAUCCCAGGCUGUGACCGGGAGACCCAUGAGGCGGCGCACAAUUGGCCCAGCGUCGUCCGUGUUAGGGGAGGGUAUGGCCGGCCGGGAUUUCCUUGUCCCAUCGCGUUCUAGCGACUACUUGUGGCAGGCCGAGCGCCUGCAAGCUGACUGCUGUCGCCAGCUGGACAGUGUUUCCUCCGACACAUUGGUGCAGCUGGCUUCCGGGUUAAGUGUGGCAGUGUGUCAAGAAGCAGUGCGGCUUGGCAAGGUCGUGUUUCGGAGGACGCAUGGCUCUCGACCUUCGCCUCUCCCGAGUCCGUAAGGGCGUUGCAGCGAUGGGACAAGACUAACUACCGAUUGGAUAUCACGAAAUUGGGGAUAAAAAAGGGGUAAAACAUUUUAUUUUUUUAAUUGAAUGAAUAGAACGGGCGUCCCAAUUAAAGUCAAUGAUGGCUUAAUGGAUGGCAUGGCGGCCAUAGGAGUAAAGCAGGUAGUAAAAGCAGGAAGUGUAGCCAUCAAUAUGUGCUGUGAUUCGUUGAUUCAACUCAACUGACAUUGCAAAAAAAAAAAACAUUUGAAUGGACAUUCUACAUUGCAUCAUAAUACCAGGCAGCCAUUGCGAGUUUACCCACGUGUUUACCAGUCCAAAUUGCCAGAGUUAGAGAUACCAAGCUCAUUCUAUUUCAAAGUGUGCUGUUGCAGCAUUGAGGGAGCAGCAAGAAUCCCAAACAGAUAAUAUUUGACUAAAACAAUCAUUUCAAACAUUGCUUACAUUUGUACAAGAUCACAUACAUCUCCUUAUUAUGCGUAGGAAUACUUUGGAACACAUUUCCAACAUUCUAAUAAACUUGGAGCUGAUUGGCUGCUGUUUCUAUAGUAUUUUAUGUCCAACAAAAAAAUUAAUAUAAUUUUUUUUGGGGGGUGGGGGCAAAUAAAAACACCAGCGGGGGCCGUCAGAUGGGGAGUCCUGGCCUAGGCAACCAGAUGGGGAGUCCUGGCCUAGGCAACCAGAUGGGGAGUCCUGGCCUAGGCAACCAGAUGGGGAGUCCUGGCCUAGGCAACCAGAUGGGGAGUCCUGGCCUAGGCAACCAGAUGGGGAGUCCUGGCCUAGGCAACCAGAUGGGGAGUCCUGGCCUAGGCAACCAAAUACUUGUUUGCUACACCUUGCUUGUUUCAGCAAGGAGCAACAAAAGUUUUGA